AUGCGAUUCGAAGCCCUAAUUAGCAGUGCGCUUUCUGCUACUCUCUAUACUUCCUUGGCUGCUGCUGUCGUCUUAGAUACGGAAGGCCUCCCCGAGACCGGUCUUAACACGUCUUCCUGGGUGGCGGGCGUUAAGCCACCUCUGGAAGACAUGUUUAGUCUGCAUGACAUGCAAUUAGCAGCUAAAAACUUUCUUGGAGGUACUCAGUACGCUUUCAUCCGCACCGGGUCUUUGGAUGAACACACAUAUCAUGCUAACCUUGACAUCUGGAAGCAAAUCAAACUUCGGCCCCACCAAUCCCACGGUCGCGAUGUAGCCAACGCUAGCACUGAGCAAACUAUCUUUGGGACCAAGUUCUCCGUCCCGUUCUUUAUCGCUCCCGUAGCUUACUCCAGUUAUACUGAUCCUGAGAACGGUGAGCUGAACCUCGUUAGGGCAGCAGGAAAACAGGGGGCUCUACGUGGUAAUAUUGGCACACUCUAUCCUUUGGUCAACCGCACCAGACUUCUUGAGCAGCUCGCUGAGGCUGAAGCGACCGGCUAUAAGGCUAUAUUUUUGACAGUGGAUAACCCUACUAUUCAAGGCAUUCGAACCCGUGCACGUAGAGUAGGGGCACCUGAUGCUAGCGGCACUUACUCCACUGACCGCAGCCUUGAGUCUGUGGUUGAGCUCCAGAAGUUAACUAAACUUCCUAUCAUACCAAAGGGAAUAGUAUCCUGGGAAGAUGCUAAGAAGUGCCUCGAUCUUGGUUUCAAAGCCAUAUACGUGAGCAACCACGGGGGUCGUCUCAUCGACACCGCUCCUACUGCCGUGCUUGCAAGUAUGGAGGUCUACGCAGACGGAGGAGUUCGCCAUGGAACCGACAUUGCUAAGCUGCUCGCACUCGGCGUGAAAGCAGUUGGGAUUGGUCGAUCGGCCGUGUUCUCCAAUUCCUGGGGUGAGGAGGGCGUUGAGAAGUUCUUCAACUUGCUUAAGACAGAGCUCACCACCACGAUGAAGCUUCUCGGGGUCUCGGAAAUUUCCCAACUAGACCGAACCUAUGUAAACACGAAAGCAAUCGAAAACGCAAUAUUCUGA